CUCAAGAACAACUUAAUUAUCAGCUGGAAAAUAUAGCGUAUCUUUCACCGACAGACUGUGUUGAUUCGUUGCAUUGAAUUUCAGAUCCAAAUAAUUCCGAGAUGAUUGUUACGUAUGCUUAACUGACAGACUGUGGCGGACCAUUGCAAUAGUAUAUCAUCAGAUCCGGUGGAUUUCGAUUUCGAUUUCUCACUCCGCUUUCUGAGCUGCUCGUCUCAUUUCCGUUUGAAUUUCAUCUACCGGCUGCAAAUUUUCGACCGGAGAUAUGGAUUCAUCAACUCUGCUUUACAAUCAGCUCAAGGCUGCGGAUCCAUUUUUCCUGCUGGCAGGCCCCAAUGUGAUUGAAUCGGAGGAGCACAUUCUCUACAUGGCCAAAAACCUUAAAUCCAUCGCUUCUAAACUUGGUUUGCCGCUGGUUUUUAAGUCGAGCUUCGACAAAGCUAAUCGGACGUCGUCUAAGUCGUUUCGUGGCCCAGGUUUGGCUGAAGGAUUGAAGAUCCUUGAGAAGGUGAAAACAACUUAUGACAUUCCAAUAGUUACUGAUGUGCACGAAACAAUACAGUGUGAAGCUGUUGGCAAGGUUGCAGACAUAAUUCAGAUUCCUGCUUUUUUGUGCCGACAGACAGAUCUGCUUGUAGCAGCUGCAAAGACUGGGAAAAUUAUCAACAUUAAGAAAGGCCAAUUUUGUGCGCCUUCAGUCAUGGAAAAUUCUGCUGAAAAGAUAAGAUUGGCUGGAAAUGAAAAUGUUAUGGUUUGUGAGAGAGGCACUAUGUUUGGUUACAAUGACCUUAUUGUUGAUCCACGCAAUUUUGAGUGGUUGAGGGAGGCCAAUUGUCCUGUUGUUGCUGAUAUAACACACUCUCUUCAACAACCGGCUGGGAGAAAGCUUGAAGGUGGUGGUGUUGCCAGUGGUGGUCUACGUGAACUGAUACCCUGCAUUGCCCGGACUGCAGUUGCUGUUGGGGUUGACGGAAUCUUUAUGGAGGUGCAUGAUGACCCGCUAAAGGCACCAGUUGAUGGUCCAACACAGUGGCCUCUACGUCAUCUGGAGGAACUCUUGGAAGAGCUCAUUGCAAUUGCUCGGGUUAGCAAGGGGAAGAAACAGUAUGAAAUCGACCUCACUCCAUUUCGGCCGUGAGAACCAGAGCAGAUUCCACUGCGUGCUCUACCUCCAUGGGCAGGACGCGCGUUGGGGAAAAACAUCUUUGGCUUUGUGAUAUAUUCUAUUCGACCGUAUUAUUAUUUCGAUAAUGAUUUGUAUCAGCAGCCCUGCUUGUAUCUGUAGUCAAACUAAAAUUUCUAUAUUUUCUGUCAUAUGUAUUUGGUACAAGCGCUCUAUAAAUGUUUCGUAUAUUUUGAACGUGCAAUAAAAAUUCUUAAUAGUAUUAAGAAUGUGCAA